AUGUUCACGCCACCAGACACGACAUACCAAAUUGUCAAGACCAGGAACAAAGGACGUGGAAUGGUAGCUAGUCGCGAUAUUGCCGCAGGCGAAGUCAUCCUUCGGGAGACUCCUCUCGUGGUACUCCCCUACCCAAAAUCUAUGGCUCCUCUCUUACUCCUUCUGCCUAAGCAAACUCUGAAGACUAUUCUACUUUUGCACAGCACUAUGCCUGACGAAAAGAAAUUUUCGGCUGAUUGGGAUAUCCCUCACAAUCGUCUUCUCGAUGCUCUUAUGGGUUGUAUCAAUAGCAAUUCUUUCGACGGCAAGACCCUAUAUGGUCUGAUGGGAAUACUUGUCCUGACUGGCCCCAUGUUCAACCAUGACAGCUCGCACAACGUCACACGCAAAGUCAUCUUCGGCCGGAAGCAAGGGAAGAGUCAUUUGGAAUUUUCUGCGGUUCGCAACAUUGUCAAAGACGAGGAACUGACGGUUUUGUACAAUAAAGACCCCGCUGCUGUUGCAAGAUACGGCAUCUUAGAGUCCCUGGAUAUCGAGCAAGAUGGACCAUGUUGGGAAUGCAGAUUCUUUUAA